AUGAAGUAUGAUGGGACAAGGUCUAUGCAUGAACAUUGCAUUGAAAUGACCAACCUUGCGGCUAAACUAAAGAAUUUAGGGAUGAGUGUGGACGAUUCAUUUCUCGUCCAGUUUAUCCUAAAUUCCCUUCCUCCUCAGUAUGGACCAUUUCAGAUCAAUUAUAAUACCACAGAUGAAAAGUGGACAUCUAAUGAAUUGACUGGAAAGUUGGUCCAAGAGGAGUCAAGGCUUGGCCGUGAAGGUAUUAAAGUUGCCCAUUAUGUUCAAGGAGCUGGAUCUAAAGUGGGAAAAGGCAUCAAAAGAGCCAUAAAAGAGCACCACCCAACAUGA